UGCCAUAGGAAAUACACGUUGAAGAAAUUUGCCUCUCUCUCUCUCUCUCUCUCUCUCAUUUCCCUCAUUCCCUCACAAUUCAUGCACAAUCAAUCAAUGCUGUUUCAGCAUCGAUGCUUUACACCAAAAAGGUUGGGUUUAUUCCUUAUCAUCUAAGCAUGAUUCUACCGACCUACACUUCUCCUUUAUUCUCUCUCUCUAAAAGGUUCCCAACUCAAUCCAUCUCCUACCUUUCUCUCACUACAAAACUAGAGAGAGAGAGAGGGAGUCCCCCUCCUCCAUUUCUCUCUCAUCACAAGCCAUCUUCAAUUGAAGUCACAGUGAAUAAUGGAGGACCAAAAGCCAUCUCCACCAGAGUUCCAUGAUCAUGUUUUAGGAAUCCCUGUGGAACCUGUAACCCAUUCUAGUGAUAGAAAGAGAAACAGGACCAUGCUAGACCCUGGUGUACCUGAAACGCCUAAUUCUGCAAUUCUAAAUACCAAUCCUUAUCUUCACCAUCCUUUGGCAAAUGGGUUUCCUCAAUCUAGACAGAGUAAACUCUCAAAUCUUCUACAAAUUCUCUCCUUUCUAUCGGCUAAAAUUGAACGCACCAUUGAAGGUUUUAACCAAUGCUAUCGAAGCACAGACUCCCUUGUCCAUGGUAUUUCUGAGCAUGUUAAGAUGGGGGAAAAUAUCUCUGAUAUUGUGAAGGAUAAGCUGAGCUUGGGUGCUGCAAUUAUAGCAGAAGGAGGGGUAGAGAGAGUUUUUAGGUCAAGUUUCAAAGUUGGUGAUGAAGAGAAGCUGAUAAAGACAAGUCCUUGUUAUCUCUCCACAACGACUGGCCCUGUCUCAGGGUUGUUGUUUAUUUCUAAUGAGAAGGUCUAUUUUUGCAGUGAUAGGCCUCUCACUUUCACUGUCCCUGCUGGAGGAUUGCUUUCUUCUCACUAUAAGGUUGUGAUACCAUUGGGAAGGAUUAUGGGUGCAAACCAAGGGGAGAAUGUGAAGAGGCCAAAAGAGAAAUACAUAGAGAUUGUUACAGUUGAUAAUCACGAGUUUUGGUUCAUGGGUUUUGUUAAUUAUGCCAAAGCCUUUGAAUAUCUGAGCCAAGUCAUUUCCAAGUACUCUAAAAGGCCUCAUGCAAAUUUUUGAAAGUAAGGAUCCUAAAAAAUAUGGAUGAUGUAAAACUUUUUUUUUUUUCCCUGUCCAUAAUGGUUAAUAUUAUUUAUAUGUGAA